AUGCCGAAAUGGUACCACUUGCAGGACAAUAACUGCCAGCACUUUGUGUUAAAUCUCGCUGAUAAAAUUUUGCGAGAUCCUCGCAACAAAUACGUGGUUCUUAAAGGUGAAUUCAUUUCUGCGGGAGGAACCGAAGCUCAGAGAAGCGAGCCAGCCAAAGAUGAACAAGACUUCAAGGAAGAGGAAGACUUCGAGGAAGAGGACGUCGUCCCAAUUGUCAAUCGAGAUGCCGAGGGUGCUUUUAUUGAGAACGAGGAAGACCGCAGAAAGGCCAUGCUGGGGUCCAUCGCUGAGUUCAUGGUUGCAAAUACUCCAUCUAUUCAGGAAAGUGAGGCAGUACAUCAGUAG